ACAAAUCCUUUAUUUUCUCUGCUAUAACCUCUCUAUUAUUUAUUCCAUUUAAAGCGAUUUAAUAUAAACUAAAAAAGGUUUUCAACUUAUUAUCGUCUAAAAGUUUAUGAAAUCGUAUAUAUCUACUGUUUUAAUUAAUUUUUCUUUCAUCGUAAAUGAUUAUACACACAUUGUUCUUCUUUCUGCAAAAAUAUUGUUCCAAAACAAAAGCUGAGAUAAUCAUCAUAAAUAUUACAAUUGAUAUUGUUGAUUGAUAAAAAAUUUUAAUGCUUCAAUCAACGUAACACAAAAUGGAACCGUGGACAACUACGUCGAGAAGGAGCAAAACAAAAGAAAAAACGAAGGAUGGACAAGAAGAAAUGAAAAAUCAGCUCAAAGAAGCAGGAUUGUAUGAAGAAGGUAUGUCUACAAAUGAUAUGGAAAAUUUUUUAAAAAUAGUUGAUGAUUCUAAACAGUUAGCUCGAAAAAAUGAUCAUACUUCUCAACCAGAUUUAUACGAGGUACCAUCUUCACCAUUGUCUUCUUAUGGACAUAAUGAUAAUCAUUUGUCUUCAACGUCUAAUCAGGGAACAAACAUUAAUGAUUUAGUAACAUCAGAAUCGUCUACUGCAUUUCAUUCAAAUAAACUCAUCAAUAAAAAUUCAACGAAUAAUGAUAAAAGUUCAACAUCACAAGAAAAACUGGAUGAUUCCUCAUAUUCACACUACACUAUUUCUCCAAGUUCUGACAGAAAGCUAGAAUUGAAUUCCAUGCAUCGUACUCCAACAAAUCAAGAAUCUAGAUCUUACUCUUCUGUUCUUUUUAAUCAAUUAGAACAAUGGAGAAUAAAUCCUCUAGACUGCAAAAAAAUGGAGAAUGAUGUGCCUUUAUCUAGAAAAAAACGUUCAUCUGUUCAACGACCGAAGUUUCAAAUGGUUAAUGGGAUACCAGUUAUUCCUGACGAAAUACGUAAUAAGCAACGUACAAUUCUUGAUGAUACUGCAGAAUUAUAUUAUCGCUACAUGCAAAAACCAAACAAUGAUGAGGUCCAGUGGGGGACACCCAUUAAGGUAGGAACUGCCAAUGGAAGCUUGGAUAAAUAUCUCAUUUCACCUAGUGAAGAGCAUGAAAAUUCCAUAUCUGAAUUGUAUAAUACAUCAAUAGAAGGGGGAAAAUUUAGCUUGCGACCACGAAAUGCCACAAAAAAAGUCACUUAUAUCAUGUCUGAUGACGAAGAGGAUGAAGAAAUAUUUCAAAGUAAACGGAAAAAGGUAGCAGGCUUUACUCAUAAAUCAUCAGCAACAAAGAAUGGAUUGAUAAAGAACAGAAAUAAUAAUGUUGAAAGUAAUCAGCAAAAAAGGGAUUAUCAAUCAAAUAUUAGUAAAUAUGACGAAAGUGAUAACUUGAACAUCAUAUCUGAUGGUGGCACAUCUAGAAAAAAAAGAGCUGCAACUCCAGAAUAUCCCGAAAUUUCUCCCUCGAAACAAAUACCAUCAUCGAAUAAAUCAAAUUCUUAUGAUGUCGUCGUUGAAAUUCACAACGAAGAAAAACGUCAGAAUACAAAUUUUUCUCGAAAGAAUAAUAGUAUUGACUGUGAGCCAAUAAGACCUAUAAAAAAACGAAACGAAAAAUUAAAUGAUGAAGAAAUUGAAGCUCAAUUAAUUACAGACGAUGAAGAUGAAGAAGAAAAGGUCAUUCCACCAUCUCCGGAAUCACGUUUUUCUAAAAGAUUAAGAUUAGGACAUUCUUUAUUACAAAAUAAACGACAAAAAGAAGAAGAUAAAAGAAAAAAAAUAGAAGAAGAGGAAAGAUUAGCAGCAGAAAAAGAAACUCGUGACAAAGAAGAAAAAAUAAAACAACGUAUGGAGAAUAAUAUUGCAAAAGCUAAGCAGCAUGAGAUGAUAGUGAAAAAACAGAAAGAAAAAGAAGAAAGGUAUCGUAAUAAUGUUGCACGGCAUCAAAAAUGUCCAUCGAGGACCGAAUUAGAAUCUGAUGAGUUACCUAAAAAUGAAAUAAUUUGGGACACUAAACAUGAAUCUUCUGAAACGACUUAUACUGAAACAGAGGCUAAUAAGAAAAUAGUAAAACAAAUCAAAAAUCGAGUUGAAGAAGUUCAAUGUCCAAUUUGUGGUAAAAAUUUUCCAAUAGAUCAAGUUGAAACACACGCUGGAUCAUGUGAAGCUUAUGUUGAUGAAGAUGAACAAACUAACAAUCACUCUAAAGAAUCCCAACAAUUUCAAUGCAUGCAAUGUGAUUUUUUUAGCACAAAUGAUCAAGAAGCCUAUGAACAUCAUGUUUCAUCCGAAUGUCUAGAAAUAUCUCAUAACCAGCAUAAGAAGGGGGAAAACAGCUUAAAAACAACUUAUACCAAAACGUCAAAUACAUCAAUCAAAACACCAACUAGAAAAAGGAAACGUUGAAAAUAAUGUUAAAGUUUUAAUUUAUGUAAAGUUGAACAGUAAAGAGGCUAUUGUCUUCCUUGACUGUUGAAAAUGGUGAUACUUUUGUCAUAAAUUUGCCUUCGUAAUUUCUAAAAAAAAUAAAACAGUAUUCAGCAAUACUUAAAGAAAUAAGUGAAAACAUGUAAAUCCGACUAUGAAUAAGUAUUAUUAUUCAACAAUUGGUCAAAAAGAUGAAUGAAAUGUUAUUAUCAGAUAAAUUGUUAAUUACAUAUGUAUAAAAGCACAAAAACAUAUUUAUUUGUAACGCAUGUCCACAAAGUAUUGCCUUAGAUUAUUGAACGAGUUAUAAAUAUUAUCAAUAGUUAAUAUUCAUCAU